AGUAGUUGUUGUUAUUCAUACAGUGAACCAUGGCCCGUCGCUACGAUAGUCGUACUACUACGUUUUCCCCGGAAGGCAGGCUUUAUCAGGUUGAGUAUGCGAUGGAGGCUAUCAACAAUGCCGGAUCGACGGUUGGUGUGCUCGGCAAGCAGUGUGUUAUUCUGGCUGGUGAAAAGAAGACUAUCAGUAAACUCCUCGAGUCUGGUAAAGCGAGUGAGAAGAUCUAUCCUAUAGAUGACCAUGUUGUGUGCGCUGUUGCUGGUAUUACAAGUGAUGCCAACGUUCUUAUUAAUCAGCUGCGACUGUCAGCUCAGAGGUAUCGCUACGCGUAUCAAGAACCGAUACCAGUAGAAAAACUAGUGACCAGCAUAUGCGAUGUGAAACAACAAUACACCCAAUUCGGCGGUCUCCGUCCCUUUGGUGUAUCUUUCCUCUUCGCUGGUUAUGAUGACCACUACGGAUUCCAACUGUACCACACUGACCCGUCUGGCAAUCUCAGCGGGUGGAAGGCCACGGCUAUUGGCGUGAACAACCAAACGGCACAGGGCAUCCUCAAAACUGAUUGGCAUGAGGACAUGUCCACUAAGGACUGCUUGGAUCUAGUAGCCAAGGUAUUGGUGAAGUCCAUGGACACUGCUACACCCACGGCUGAGACCCUUGAAUUUGGUGUCCUGACUCUCAACAAGGAUAAUGAGGUCGCUUUCAGAAUGCUUUCUGAUGAUGAGAUCAAUACGCUCAUGGCGGCGGCCAAGCCGGAGAAGCCUGACGAUGAGGAGUGAUAGACACCAUAGAUGUGAGUACUGGAAAGGCUAGUAACCUGCCUUUUUAAAUGACACCGUUUCGC